AUGUUUAAGUCCUGUUUAAAUAAACUGCAAUCCUCUAUAGAAAUAAUGUAUUCUAUAACAUUAGCUAUGACAUGUGUAUAUAGCUGUUUAAAUUCAUCUACAUAUGUUUGUUCAUUGGUCAUUUGCAAAGACGCAUUGAGAACAUCUGUAAACUCUAUGUUUCCUCGAAUAAUUGCCGUCGCGUGUUUUGUCUCUAGAAUUUCGACUAUGAUAAAAAAUAUAACCGAUUUUCCCAAGUACAAUCAUAAAAUCAAAGAGUAUGAAUUAUAUUUUCCAAUAAAUGUUUCUCAAAAAUCAUCACGGAAUAUUUUUAUUAUAUUUAUUGGAUUCGCAUAUAUCAGUAUCAUACUGCCAUUAAAUAUAGUAAGGCUUUAUUUGAUUCAUCAUAACAAUCACAAAAUUGAGAUUUUAAUUUUUUUUACAACGAUGUACAUACAAAAUUGGAACAUUUGCCUGAUAGAAAUUGGUUUUAUUGCCCGUUGUUUUGGGUUAUAUCAAAAAUUUCAAAUUAUCAAUGAAGAGUUGGCCGUGAUGAAAACAAAAACUAUAUCUAAAAACAAAUAUCCGGUCGUGUUGCGAAAUGAAGUACACAGAGACAUUAAUAGUUCACAAUAUCAUACGUUAGCCAAUAGUAUUGAACUACUUAGAAUGAAGCACCAGUUCGUCAGAGGGGCUUUACGAGACCUUAAUAAGUUGUACGAAAUUCAGCUGGGGUCGUCUUUAGUUUUCUUAUUCAUUUUGGUUUUAUUCGAUAUCUACGGAGAAGUAAACGCUAAAGAUGCCAAGACGAGAUCUAAAAUAUUAAUUUACGGAUGGAUACUGCAAUACUCAUUCAGAUGUUUUGCAAUCAUAAUCACAUCACAUUUGACCACAAAACAAGCUUACAAUACGAAAAUGCUUCUAGCUGAUAUAAAUAAUCGAUAUUUAGAUAAAACCACAAAGGAAGAGUUAGACUUAUUUUUUGAUCAAAUACAUCGUCGUUCAUUGGAAUUUACUUCGUGCGAUAUUUUCACAUUACACCCUCAUCUUAUAACUACUGCUUUUGCUACAGGGACAACAUAUCUUGUUGUAUUAUUACGAAUCGAUUGAACAAAAUAAAUUAAAAAUCACCAACAUACAUUACUCUGUUUUUAAACAACAAUUUUAUAACAGUAAGCCGGCGUAAUGCAAAGA